AUGGAGUGGGGGGUUACUGCGGAGCUGUGCCGGGAGUCGCGUGGCCGCAGCGUUCCUCGUCCGCGGCUGGAUUUGUGCUGCCGCCAGGUCCAGAAGCCGCCGGACGUGCUGGGGGCUUCUGGGACGGAGGCUUCAGCAGCGGCCGCGUGCUGGCGCGCCGGGGCGGGGAAGGAGCGCAGGAUCUGCGCCGUGAGACCUGGCGUGGACCUGCAGAACACCGUGCUUCCCCCGACCCUGAAAGGGAUUGCGCUGGCUGAGCUGGACAGCAUGAAGCCCUCCGAGCGGAUGGUGUUGAAGUGCGCAGCCAUCAUCGGGCGGACGUUCACCCCCGAGCUGCUCUUCCACGUCCUUCCCAGGUGGACCAGGACAAAGAUGUACAAGACCUUGGAUGUCCUGGUGAAAGGCAACCUCCUGAAGUGGCUGAGUGCUGACGAGGUGGCAGAGGACGGCAGCGUUGCCACCAAGGGAUCCUCCAGCUCUCUGCAGGAAGCGAGCGAUGCCCCGAAGGGGUCCGCGGGCGAGAGCGAGACCGCGAGGCUGCGGCGCGGCGUCCUGGCCUUCUGCGCCCCGCUGCUGCGGGAGGCUGCCUACGAGCUGUGGCCCAAGGCGCAGAGGGUGGCCAUGCACGGCAAGUGCGCGGCCUUCCUGGAGAGGCGGGCGCACAAGUGCCGGUGCUGCGGCGGGGGGGACUUUGUGCCCUUCCACCGCUUGGCCGUCAGC